CCUCUAAGACUGAUCGAGCGGGAAAGCAUUUAGUGAUCGGGAGCAUUCUAUACACGGUUGUAGUGGGUUUUUUCGGUACUAAAUGUUUUCCCUCAACUCAGGAAAAAUUGUGAUCUUCUAAAAUAGAUAAAGAAUAGUACGGUAAACUCCCCGGCAUUUGCGGCGAUAUCGUUUAAGCACCUUUUGGAAUCGGUACUGGGUCGAUAGAUCUCGGUAAUUUAGUGGUUAGUUGGUUGGAAUAAACGAGUGAACAUGCCAGCCCAAAGUGGACGCCGCGAUGAAGGAGCAGAGGCUGGCGCGCAGAAGGAUAACUCGGGCUACAUUGCACUAGGUGGCGUGGCCGUCGUUAUUCUGUACCUUGCCUUCGGCUAUGGAGCACAGAUCCUCUGCAACGUGAUUGGAGUUGCCUAUCCCGCCUACAUCUCGAUGAAAGCCAUUGAAACCCGCACUAAAGAGGACGACACCAAAUGGCUAACGUACUGGGUAACGUUUGGGGUGCUUUCGGUGUUUGAGCACUUUUCCUUCUUCCUGGUUCAGAUCAUCCCGUUCUACUGGUUGCUGAAGUGCUUGUUCCACAUAUGGUGUAUGGUUCCGAUGGAAAACAACGGUUCCACCAUCAUGUACCAUAAGGUUAUUCAGCCAUACUUCAAGAAAUACGAAAGCGUUGCCGACAACUUCAUCAGCGACGCUACGGACAAGCUGAAGCAGACGGCUGGAGAAGUGAUCUCGAAAGUCAAAUCGACCUAACUUGCAUAUCUUGCACUACCCCCAACAACACUCACACACAACAAUCACACACUAAGCACACACGCAAAUACACACCAACACAUAUAGAUAUAAAGGACCCUCCCGACCUCUUCUAACACAACCCUCUUUCGAUGACGGACGAUCGAACUUUGCGACAUGCAUUAGCAAAAGAAAACUGUUAGCAAAUGGACGUAGUUGGGGUAUUGAGAAAGACGAAAAAUUAUACAAGUCAUUCGCCAUCGUAAACCACCAACAUUGUAGUUUUUGAUUUACUAUAACGCGAACGAAACAUUGUCCUAGCUGAAUUCUCUGCUACACCCGUUUCUGUUGGUAAUUCGGAGGCGAACCCAAACAAACGGCCCCAAAACGAUUUGUGAAAUUAAUUUUAAAUUUUGCUUUUAAACCGAUCCCCUAUUUGCUUGCCCAGCAGCUUUAUUGUGUAUUGAUAGUGAAAUGAUAGUAGAGAGAGAAGGAGAGGCAGAAAGACGAGUUGCAAGAAUUAUUUUUUAAGUGUUCAAUAGCUAUGAACAGCAAAUUAGAGAAAACAUGAAAAAGAAUGGAAUUUUAUCACCAAGCAAAACAACAAAAAAAGAACACGUUUUUAUUGAUUGCAUUAUUGUUAUUACAGGUGUUGGAUGUUGAUGAAUCAAAUAUGAAUCGAUCUCUGUCGCUUGAUAGAGAAUAGUA